CUGACAGCGCGACAUGAUCCGACGGAGUUUGCGCGUGGCCUCGAUCUCGGCGGGUUCGACAUCCGCCACCGCUGCAAUGAAGACCGCUGCCAACGUAAAGAAGAGAAUAGUUGAUGAGAUCAAGGUAGAAGCAACGAAAAAGGGGAAGCUAGAAGUGAUGACGGAAGAGAAGGUGAAGCCCUCAAAGCGUGCGAAAAGAGUGAAACCGGAACUGAAGGCGUCCCCUGUGGAUGACGUCGGUACCCCUUCUGCGUCCCCGCUUCCUUCAAAACCCAAGAAGGUUUCCAAGAAGGACGAGGAGAAAGCCACCCAACUGAACUCGUACCUGUCUCAUAUUCAGGCAAGGCGAGAGAAUACUGCGCACUCCCAGAAGCUUGUUGGUGCCCAUGUGUCAGGUGCCAAUGGACUCGAGAAUGUCGUGUUCAAUGCUGCGAAAAUCGGUGCGAGGGCGUUCGCCUUCUUUACCAGGUCGCAUCGCUCAUGGUCGUGUAAACCGUUGACUCAGGACACCAUCACUGCCUUCCAUGCCGCCAUGAAGCGCUUUGGAUACGCUCCUGGCGACGUUGUGCCCCAUGGGAGCUACCUCCUCAACUGCGGGUCACCUGACGUAGACGUGCUGCAGAAGAGUAGGGAAGGCCUCCUCGACGAGGUGCGGCGGUGUGAAGCGCUGGGUCUCUCGCUGUACAAUUUCCAUCCUGGCGCUACCAAGAACGAGAUCACCGUCGAAGAGUGCCUCGACCUGAUCGCCGAAAGCAUCGAGCUUACACUGAAGCAGACGAAGGGGGUCACCAUCCUCGUCGAGAACAUGAGCAACCAGGGGUCAACCAUUGGCGGGCCGUUCACCCACCUUCGCGGCAUCAUCGACCGUGUGUCUGAGCCGCACCGGGAUCGCGUCGGCGUGUGUUUAGACACCUGUCAUGCCUUUGCGGCCGGCUGGGACCUCCGCGAUGAUGAGUACGCUGCUGCGCAUGACACGAGGUGGCUCUUCUCGUCAUGAUAUUGAUGUAGAUACGAGAAAACCAUGGCCGAGUUUGACGCGACUGUUGGGUUCAAGUACCUCAAAGCAGUUCACUUGAACGACUCGCAAGGAGAGGUUGGGUGCCAUGUUGACCGGCACGAAAAGAUCGGUCGUGGUCAUGUCGGUCUGAAGUCGUUUCGUCGGCUCAUGAACGAUCCACGGUUUAAUCACAUCCCCAUGAUCCUCGAGACGCCUUACGUCGACGAUGACGGCUACGAAGCCGAGAUCUCGCUGCUAUACUCGCUUUACGACAAGGACAUCGUUCAGUCGUAGCACAUCCAAGGUGGUCAGAUAUGGCUUGGAGUGAUCUUUUCCUCUUCCUCGAUGAAUAUUUGGAGCUUCCAUCCGUCGAGUCGACAUGCAUGCGCAUGGCGAGAGGCUCAAGAGCAAAAACGAAUAGCAGUAGAGGAGUGUGCACAGCGAUAGUGUUCACAGCCCUGCAUCGCACCACCGCGUCUCUCGAGGGCCGCCG